CCGUACGUCUCCCUCUGCUGGAGAGUUAACGGCUGUUAAAAGAAGGAGAAACACACAAGAACUCGACGUUUUUAAACUUUUCAGAGAGACAACGACACGAGGGACGUGCCGGUGCUCAAAGAGGAGAGCAUACACAGUAUAAUGACAGCUGAGGAGUCUGACUGUUCUUCAGGACCACAUGGUUCAUUGUUCUGUUCAGACCGAGGUUGAUUUAUCUGCAUGGGUUAUUUUGUUUUGAGUUGAGAAGAUGAGCAAUCAAAGGGAGGAAGAGGAGGACAGAGCAAAGUCUUCGGUGUCCAGCAGUCUCUCCAUGAAGAGUGGCCGGUCUAAAGUUUUUCAUCCAAACUUCAGUAAUGAUCCAGGACCAGGCACGUCUCCUUUUUCCAGCAGUCUCUCCAUGAAGAGUGACCGGUCUAAAGUUUUUCAUCCAAACUUCAGUAAUGAUCCAGGACCAGGCACGUCUCCUUUUUCCAGCAGUCUCUCCAUGAAGAGUGACCGGUCUAAAGUUUUUCAUCCAAACUUCAGUAAUGAUCCAGGACCAGGCACGUCUCCUUUUUCCAGCAGUCUCUCCAUGAAGAGUGACCGGUCUAAAGUUUUUCAUCCAAACUUCAGUAAUGAUCCAGGACCAGGCACGUCUCCUUUUUCCAGCAGUCUCUCCAUGAAGAGUGACCGGUCUAAAGUUUUUCAUCCAAACUUCAGUAAUGAUCCAGGAUCCUCAGAUUUCCAAAUAGUAAAGAGAUCUGUUUGUGUGGAGGAACAGCUGUCCAGCUGUGCUCUGUGUCAGGACAUCCUGAGAGAUCCAGUUUCUACCAGCUGUGGACACUGGUUCUGCAGACAGUGUAUCAGCUCAUACUGGGACCAGUCUGCUUCAUCAGGAGAGUCCUCCUGUCCCCAAUGUGGAGAAAGACCACGACUGCAGAUAUCCAACACAGUGAAAGCAGAUAGAGGUCUACAGAAGGUUUUAGAUGAACACAGGAUCUGCCUGAGGAAGAGAUGUGAACAUGUGACUGAAGGAACUGAUGAAGCAGGAAGUAGAACCCUCCUGAACAGGAUCUACACUGAGCUCUACAUCACAGAGGGACAGAGUGAAGAGGUGAACAGCCAACAUGAGGUGAGACAGCUUGAGACAGCUUCCAAGAUGAAGAGCCUCCAUGAGACUCCAAUCAAGUGUCAGGACAUCUUUAAAGCCUUACCUGGCCAACAGAAACCCAUCAGAGUGGUUCUGACCAACGGUGUGGCUGGUGUUGGAAAAACCUUCUCUGUGCAGAAGUUCACUCUGGACUGGGCAGAGGGCUUGGAAAACCACGACAUCAGUCUGCUGGUUCUGGUUUCAUUCAGGGAGCUGAACUUGAUCAGAGAUAAGCGCUACAGUCUUCUGGAGCUGCUCCAUGUUUUCCAUCCAACAUUACAGAAGGUCAGAGCCCAGACGCUGGCUGUCUGUAAACUUUUGUUCAUCUUUGACGGCCUGGAUGAAAGCAGACUGUCGUUAGAUUUCAACAUCAGUGAGGCUGUGUCUGAUGUGUCAGAGAAGUCCUCGUUAAACGUGCUGCUGAUAAACCUCAUCAAGGGUAAUCUGCUUCCCUCAGCUCUCAUCUGGAUAACGUCUCGACCUGCAGCAGCCAAUCAGAUCCCUCCUUCAUGUGUGGACAGGCUAACAGAGGUCAGAGGCUUCACUGAUAAUCAGAAGGAGGAGUACUUCAGGAGGAGAUUCAGUGAUGAAGAUCUGUCCAGCAGAAUCAUCUCCCACAUCAAGACAUCCAGGAGCCUCUACAUCAUGUGUCUGAUCCCAGUCUUCUGCUGGAUCACUGCUACAGUUCUGGAGCACAUGAUGAGCACGGAGCAGAGAGGAGAGCUGCCCAAGACCCUGACUGACAUGUACUCACACUUUCUGUUGGUUCAGACCAAGAAGAAGAAGAACAAGUAUGAUGAGGGACCUCAGAUGAGUCCUCAGGAACUCACAAGAUCUGACAGGGAAGUUCUUCUGAAGCUGGGGAGGCUGGCGUUUGAACAUCUGGAGAACGGAAACAUCAUGUUCUACCAAGAAGACCUGGAGCGCUGUGGUCUGGAUGUCACAGAGGCCUCUGUGUACUCAGGAGUUUGUACUGAGAUCUUUAAAAGAGAGAGUGUGAUCUUCCAGAAAACAGUCUACUGCUUUGUUCAUCUGAGCGUUCAGGAGUUUCUGGCUGCAGUCUACAUGCGCCACUGUUUCACCAACAGGAACACAGAUGUCAUCGAGGCGUUCCUAAAAGAGGACAACCACAGAGACGUAUCCACAAACUCCUCUCUAAGAACAAGAAAGCCAUUUCAAACUCCAUCCCUGGUAGGCAUUCUGAAGUAUGCCAUGGAGAAAUCCCUGAAAAGUCCAAAUGGACACCUGGACCUAUUUGUUCGCUUCCUUCACGGCCUCUCUCUGGAGUCCAACCAGAGCCUCUUAGGAGAUCUGCUGGGUCAGACAGACAACAGUCCAGAAACGAUCCAGAGAGUCAUCAAGAACCUGAAGGAGAUGAACAGUGUUGGUAUCUCUCCUGACAGAAGCAUCAACAUCUUCCACUGUCUGAUGGAGGUGAAUGACCUCUCAGUACAUCAGGACAUCCAGAAGUUCCUGAAGUCAGAGAGCAGAUCAGAGGAGAAACUCUCUGAGAUCCAGUGCUCUGCUCUGGCCUACAUGCUGCAGAUGUCAGAGGAGGUUCUGGAUGAGUUCAGUCUGAGAGAGUACAACACAUCAGACCAGGGGCGACUGAGACUGAUUCCAGCUGUAAGGAACUGCAGGAAGGCUUGGCUUUAUGACUAUGGACUAACAGAGACUCACUGUGAGGUCUUGGCCUCAGCUUUGAAGUCCAACCCCUCACAUUUGAGAAAGCUGUGGAUGAGUGGAAACAACCUGCAGGAUUUAGGAGUGGAGCUUCUUUCUGCUGGACUGAAGAGUCCAAACUGUCGACUGGAGACUCUGGGGUUGUGGGACUGUGGUUUGUCAAAGAUCAGCUGUUCUAAUCUGGCCUCAGCUUUAAAGUCCAACCCCUCACACCUGAGAGUUCUGUGGCUUAAUAACAACAAGCUGCAGGAUUCAGGAGUGGAGCUUCUUUCUGCUGGACUGAAGAGUCCAAACUGUCGACUGGAGACUCUGGGGUUGUCAGACUGUGGGUUGUCAGAGAUCAGCUGUUCUUCUCUGGCUUCAGCUUUGAAGGCCAACCUCUCACAACUGAGAGAGCUGAACCUGAAUUUUAACAACCUGCAGGAUUCUGGAGUGGAGCUUCUUUCUGCUGGACUGAAGAGUCCAAACUGUCGACUGGAGACUCUGAGGUUGAGGCGCUGUGGUUUGUCAAAGAUCAGCUGUUCUUCUCUGGCCUCAGCUUUAAAGGCGAACCCCUCGCAUCUGAGAGAGCUGGACCUGUAUAACAACAAGCUGCAGGAUUCAGGAGUGGAGCUUCUUUCUGCUGGACUGAAGAGUCCAAACUGUCGACUGGAGACUCUGGUGUUGGAGCGCUGUGGUUUAUCAGAGAUCAGCUGUUCUUCUCUGGCCUCAGCUUUAAAGGCCAACCCCUCACAUCUGAGUAAGCUGGACCUGAGUGACAACAACCUGCAGGAUUCAGAUAUGAAGCUGCUGUCUGAUCUUCAGAAGGAUCCAGACUACAGACUGGAGACUUUGUUAUGGUGGAGUUCUGAUGAUGAAAGUGACAGUGAUUAAAGAGAGGAUCCUGAUUGUCCUGCUUGUCAGACAGGGGGAAGCAGCAGCAGCUGUCUGUGGUGAGUCUGUAACUGGGCCGUGUUACUGGGAGACUGACAGACCAAUCCCAACCAGUGGAGAUGAGACUGCUCUGAGAUCAGCUCCACUGUGGACCUCCCUCAUGUUUCUAUUCUAACACAGAUUCUCAGCGUAAACUGCUUUAGGACUAAAUGACUGAAGAUGAACGACUCCACUUGGAUGCAGAUGUUAAGCUUUCUGUCACAGCGCCCCCCUGUGGAAAUACAUGAACGAGGGUUAGCCCAACUUUGGUAGAGGCUAGCUUUGGCACACAACAAUCUCCCACUACCAAGAGAAAUAUUUUCUGAUCCCUGAUUUUUAACAAAUAGCUCAUUACCAAAAUAAAUGGGACAGCCAUGUUUCUUCAGUGUUUAAUCACUGCUUUGAUUUUUACCUUUCACUGAUUUUAUUCAUAUUAUUGAUCAUUGGGUUUUAGUGUUUAUUUGCUGUAUUACUGUAUUUCUUUUAUCAGCUCAUUUGUAAAUAUCUGGCUGCUUUAAUUCUGGUUUGACUGUUAUUUUGUGUCUGUCCAUUCUUUGUGAAGUACUUCAGGCUAGAAAAGGAAAAGAGGUGGACAGAUAUUGUUCUCUCUGGGCCGAUAAGGUUACAGAUUAUUAGUGAAUGAGAGCGAUAACUGAUAUUUGGAGCUGAUAUGUAUUUAAAAUAAGGAUGAGCCGUUGGUUCCAGUCAUUUAAAUGUUAGAUUAACAACAUGUAAGGGACAUAAACAUUCUCUAACCCUGGCCUCCAAAGCUAGAAAUCAACUCUAUUUCUGACAUGUGCUGCUGUCUGCAAAGGAGAGCUAAGAGGAACUGAACAUUUAGCACAAAGGCAGGAGAAAGCAGCAGAAAAACAAGCCUAAGUCAGAGAAGCUAACUGCUAAGCUAAGCUAACAAUUCAGCAGAUGGCGCUAAAGAGCCAGAGUGCUUGAUGAUGACCUGCAGACGUCUAAACCAACAGCUACCAAACAACAGCAGUGAUGAGAAAAGUCAAAUCGACAAUUUAGAUCUGGCUCUAUCAACAGGGGAGACGGCACAGAGAGAGACGCUGAAGUGGUGGGAAAACAGGAAAUGAUGUCAUACUCUCACUGUGACAGGCUCCUGUGUUUAUUGGCUGUUAAUGUGUGGUGUUGAACCAAUCAGAUAUCAGAGCCAGAGAGAAAGGCUCACAUCACAGCAGAGCCAAAGUAGCAGACUUUUGAACCAAUGAAUUUAAUCUGUGAUCAAUGAAAUAAAAUACCAACACAGAUCAUGAUGAAAAUGUCAGAUCUGGACCCUGAUAAUCAGCCAGGACCAUCAUGGAUCCACCUCUAGUCUGGGGGCUUUUACACAAAGAAAGCUGAGCUGUUGUGAUGUUUGAUGGUGUGAAAACAGCUGAAUAAUGCUGACUCACUCUUCUAUUUUCAUGAGUCAUGUCAGCUUAACAAAGGAUGCAUUAGAAGAUCCAAUCAUCUGUCAUUUUAACCAAUCAUUUUGAUGUUUACUACAGUUUGAUGUUUGAGCCUUCUAUUUCCUGAUUCUGGGAUUAUAAACUGAAAUCAAGUCCAUCAGUGGAGUGUCAGAAUUUAGCGCUGUUCUCUUAUUGGCAGAAGGACAAAGAGAGCAUUAGUUCGGCUUAAAUGGUCAUUGACCCAAAGUUUAUUAAGGAUUACAUAUAAAGUUUACAAAAUGUCACAAAUAUCACCCAUCUGUGUGUCCCAGUGAGCUCUCAGAGCAGAGAGCUCCUGACCCUCGAUAAGUGUGUCUUUUAAUCUUCAGGGGAGGAUCCUCCUCCACUUCCUGACAAGGAGGAGUCCUGUGAAUUAUGUCACCUCCUAGUCCAGUGUGGCCUCCUCAGUGUGUAACAAAGAGUGGUCUCACUAACAUUAACCUUAGCUGUCAUCAUUACUGUAUACAAAAGAGCCACUCACUUGUAACUCUAAUCUUAGCAGAGAAAAAUGUCAACUGUAUAUGAAAAAUACAAUGUUUUAUCUUGUAAUAUCUCACAGGAGUUUGAAUCUUGAUCAAAUUCAUAUUUAGGGGCAUCCUGUUCCUGCUAUCACUGCUUCCUGCCAGCAGAUGUCACCAUUUCCAACGUUUUCUCCCAGACUGAUGGAUCUGAAUACAUUCUUUAUCUGUGAGCAGGAAACCAACUUUGAAAUUCUCACAGAGAGAGAGAAUGUCAACUCUCACAUUUGUUCUGAUAUUUCUGAAUGUCAUCUUCAAGUCUGUUUAUUUUCUGUUUUUAAACUCUUGCCCCCUACUGCACAGGAGAGUGGAGCACUCCAGAGCCAGAUAAAAUGAUGAAUAAUCUGUUUGUUCUGAGAACACUGAGUCAGAUUUGUGAUGAAUUAAAGUUUUA